AUGUGCUGGCAGUUCAGUGGUUUUCUUAUAACUCCGAUGGUAAUAGAGAAUACAUCAAGUAAUGUAAUAAGUGUGGAGGUUACCGCAAUGAAAACGUAGAAUGAUGGCAAAUAAUACUUUAUCUAGUAACACAACCUACGUCUUGCCCAUGACGUUGUUAGAGGUACAAGUCAGGGACCAACUUAUCUCGGGACCGCUUGACCCCGCACCAUUUGGAGGCAAGGGGUUUGCUAGGGUGAGACGUCUCAGACAGUGAGACGACGAGAUAGUGGGGAUCGUGGCCGCAGACGACGACACCCCGUCGGCAACUCCGCAGUUGUAGCAUCUUUCAGAAUAAAUAGGUCCAUCGAUGGCGAGUUGCUCCACUGUUCUGAAAUGGACGACGUUAACGUUGAUUGCUUUCAAGUUCAAGUCUACGGAAGUCUCUUUGAUUGUUACCAUUCCUGUUGUUAGGCCUAUUAAACGCCUGAUUUCUACCCGCCCUACCUCUAUCCAACGCGUUCAGAGAUACCUCAGGUAUCAUCGUCUACGGUGACGAUCCCCACUACUAUCUCGUCGUCUCACUGUCUGAGACGACCCACCCUAGCAAACCCCACGCCCGUAAAUGGUGCGGGGUCAAGCGGCCCGGAGGUCAGUGGGUCCCUGACUUUUACCUCUAACAACGUCAAGGGCGAGACGUAG